UUUUAAUUUUUCCUUUUUUUUUUUUUUGUCUUGAGAUGUGUUGACGGACAGAGAAAUGUUGUUGGUGUGUUGGUGUCGGUAGACAGACAGGGCGACCUCAUAGUAAAACUACAAGACAUCAAGAUCGACAGAGAGAAAUGGUGUGACAUGGUCUGGGAUUUGGACAAGAGCUAUUUGUCUGGUCAAUGUGGGUUCGAAUUGUGUUGAAGUCAGUCAUUUAGAUACCUUGUAGGUUUUAAUUAAUCACCCACCCUCUUUUCUCACCGAUUACGAGUUUAUCGCAGAGCCUUUAACGUAAAUAUGUGUUGGAUUACUCUAAUCCUCACAUAGAAACCUCAGUUAAUCCCCUAAUGUUUAUGUUUUGGCAUAUGGUCACCUCCCGCUAUAGAUUAUAUUAUCAACGACCUUUCCCCAUUUUCAUAUUGUUACCCUGUCUGCCAUCUGUUUCUCUGAUCUGGGCGGUGUCAUUAAACAUUGCUUAUGUUGUUGUUGGUGCUGUAGGUGGUCUGAUCGUUGUUGGUGUUUCAAGCCCCAAGCCAGUCUUGAACAAUGGUCAUCUUGUCUUAUUUUCGGACAGUGCAUGUAGAUUGCUAACGCUGUUAUUGUUGUUGUUGGUGAUAAUAAUGAUGAUGGUGGUGGUGAGGAUUAAAUAUUGGGCGUUCCUCUUACAAGCAUCAAUGUUACUAUGUUACUGAUACGUUGGUUAUAAUAGUGUUGGUGAUGGCGGUGUAGUGGUGGUGAUGAUGAUAGUGGUGAUUAUAAUGGUGGUGGUGCUGGCGAUGACGACAAUGAUGGUAAUGAUGAUGAUUGCGAUGGUGGUGCCGCUGCUAGUGAUGAUAUUGGUGAUGGAGAUUGUUAUCUUGAAGCAAUUGGAGUACCAACGAUCAUUUGCAAAUGAAACACAAGAGUAACCGACAUUGAGCUCUCAGAUCUAUCUCUAAAAAAUGGACUUAUUGGCAGAAUCUGAAGCCGAACCAUACUACUGUGGAGUAUGUGGCAAAGAUUUUGUUCAUAUUGUACGACUGGAGGAGCACAUGAAGGUACAUACUAUAGAGAAACGAUUCCCUUGUGAAAUAUGUGGAAAGAACUUUUCAAAAAAUUCUGACCUCUCAAGACACAUAAGAACACACACAGGAGAAAGACCUUUCCGCUGUGAUAUCUGUGGUAGAGACUUCUCCAUGAAUUAUAACUUAAAAAAUCAUUUAAAGACCCAUACUGGUGAAAAGCCAUAUCAAUGUGAUAUUUGUGAUAAAUACUUUACUGAAAGAUCCUCUUUGAGGAAACACAUCAGGAUUCAUACAGGAGAAAAACCUUACCAUUGCACAACAUGUGGGGACAGUUUUACAGAUUAUUCUACAUUAAGGACUCAUUUAAGGACUCACACAGGAGAAAAACCAUACCAUUGUGAGAUCUGUGGUAAAGAUUUCACUGCAAAUUCCUCCUUGAAAAGUCACAUUCGGACACACAACAGGGAAAAGCCAUUUAUCUGUAAGGAAUGCGGUAACGGAUUCUCAUUCAAAGUUCAUCUUAGAGAACAUGUGAAGGCACAUAACAAACCUGAACCAAGCCCUUUACGUUGUAAGAUAUGUGGAGAUAACUUUGUGGAUGAUGUUGCUUUAACAAGUCAUUUAAGAAUACAUACAGAGUAAUAUUUUGUUUAAUGGCAGGUGUUAUUAUUGUUAUUUUUAAAAUAAAUAUUUUGUUUUGUAUUAUAACUCAA